AUGUCUUUAAUUAACUCACCAUUUUUCGACUUUUUUGAUGCUAUCAGCGAUGAGGUUGCAGCAGUUAACGAUAGACUUCUAUUUGGAGGGAAUCGGAAUAAUAGGUCUUUGGUGAAGCCGGCGGGCAAUCAACUCGAACGUCGUAGGAAGGUUUGGGAAGAUCGGGCUAACCAGCUUACUGUUCCGCCUGUGGACUUGUUUGAACGGGAAAACGAGUACGAGAUUUCAGCUACUCUCCCGGGCAUUGCCAAACAGGAGGAUAUCAAUGUAGAGUUCCAUCGCGGUAACAAUCAGGUUAUUAUCUCAGGCGAACUUCCAAGCAGGGAGGUUGAGAAAGACGAGGGGGGCUUCCAUGUCAGGGAGCGUGCUAGCGGUAGUUUCAGGCGUGCGGUUUUGCUUCCAGAGCAGCCCGGUGUUGAUGUUGAGAAAAUAGAGGCAGAUUACCAGAAUGGUGUUUUGACAUUAAAGGUGCCCAAACUUGCUGCCCAAGAAGGCAAGCCUAAUGUCCACAAGAUUACCAUCGGCAGUAAGUUGUAA